GUAAAAAAUGUCCCCACAUUUUCUCAAGUCCUGCAACGUUUUACCCAUCAACACCAAAAACUUCUCAUUUUCCACCCACAAAACAAAGUACUCUAGCACCUGCAACUUGGGCUGAAGUAAAAAUUGGCGAAAAAGAUGUACAACAGUGCUAGAGAAACCAUGGACCUUCUUUCUCUUGCUUUUUCAAUUGGGUUUUGUCAUUUCUUUUGCUUCAUAGAAUUCUCAGCCGCCAUUGACGCCAUAACUCAAAACCAGUCCAUAACCAAAGCGACAAGCUUGGUCUCCAAAAAUGGAAGCUUCGAACUUGGUUUCUUCACUCCGAGCGCAAAUUCGAAGGAUCUUUUCGUGGGAAUCUGGCACAAGAACAAAAUCCCACUUAGAACUGUCGUUUGGGUGGCCAAUCAGCACAACCCCAUCAAGAAUUCAAAUGGGGUUUUAAAGAUAAACGACACAGGUAAUGCCAUCCUUCUUGGUCAGAACAGCUCUGUCGUUUGGUCAACAAACUCGUCACUAAAACAAGUCCAAAACCCAGUUUUGCAGCUCUUAGAUUCUGGGAAUUUGGUCCUAAAAGACGGAAAUAAGUAUUUUUGGCAAAGUUUUGAAUAUCAAAUGAAAAGCGUUGUAAUUUCAGACUCAAAAGACUCGUGUGAUGAUUCUGGUUUCUGUGGCCCAAAUGGAAUGUGUGACAUUAGUAAGGUUCCACUUUGUAGCUGCCCAAAAGGGUUUAAGCCCAAGUCACCAGAAACACUGAAAACCUUGGAUUAUAAAGAGGGUUGUGUACGGAAUGAGGAAUUGGAAUGUGGGAAAACGGAUUAUGGGUUUAUCAAAUUUGUUGGGGUGAGAUUGCCAGAUGCCAAAAAUUCUUGGGCUGAUCAGAAAAUGAGUCCCAAGGAGUGCAAAGAAAAGUGCUUGAAAAAUUGUUCUUGUACGGCUUAUAUAAGCUCAGGUGCUAAUGGAGGUGUUAGUUGUACCAUUUGGUUAGGCGACCUUGUUGGUCUUAGAGAUGCCUUGAAUGGUGGCAAAAAUCUGUUUGUUAAAAUGCCAUCUUCAGAGAUAGAUGAGAAACAUGGGAACAAAGUGAAGAUAGUGGCGAUCACUGUAGCUACUUCUGUUUUCAUCAUCACUGGGGUAUUGUUAGCAGUUUACUACAUACGAAGAAACAGGAAAACCAUCAAAGAGAACAAUGGAAAUGAAGAAGGCCAAAAGGAAGAUCUGGACCUGCCUUUGUUCAACCUACCCACAAUAGCUACUGCCACAGAUAAUUUUUCAUUCAACAACAAGCUCGGUCAAGGUGGAUUUGGGGCUGUGUACAAGGGUACACUAGAAGAUGGACAAGAAAUAGCUGUGAAGAGGCUUUCGCAGAGCUCUGGACAAGGAGCGAACGAGUUCAAGAAUGAAGUAAUACUGAUUGCAAAACUUCAACACCGAAAUCUUGUAAGGCUUCUUGGUUGUUGCAUUCAAGGAGAAGAGAGACUGCUCAUUUAUGAAUACGUGCCCAACAAAAGUUUGGACUACUAUAUUUUUGAUGAAACAAGAGGUAAAGUCUUAGAUUGGCCUAAGCGCUUCAACAUUGUCCUUGGGAUUGUGAGGGGGCUGAUCUACCUUCAUCAAGAUUCUAGAUUGAGGAUCAUACAUAGAGAUCUCAAAGCAAGUAAUGUUUUACUUGAUGGUGAGAUGAUCCCGAAAAUUUCAGACUUUGGCAUGGCUAGAACUUUUGGAGGAGAUCAAAUAGAAGGAGUUACAAACAGAGUGGUUGGGACCUUUGGCUACAUGGCACCAGAGUAUGCUAUUGAUGGUCAAUUCUCAGUAAAAUCCGAUGUCUUUAGUUUUGGCAUCUUAAUGUUAGAGAUAGUAAGUGGAAAGAGAAAUAGAGGGUUCUAUAAUCCUAGUGAUGACGACAUGAACCUCAUCGGAUAUGCGUGGGAGUUAUGGAAAGAAGGAAGGCCUUUAGGACUACUUGAUGAAUGCCUCACUGGGGACACAUGUACUCUAUCAGAAGCGCAGCGUUGCAUCCAUGUCGGUCUCUUGUGCGUUCAACAGCUUCCGGAAGACAGGCCGAGCAUGUCGUACGUGCUGUUGAUGCUUGGUGAUGAUAGGACUCUGCCUCAGCCUAAAGAACCAAGCUUCUUUUUGGGAAAAAAAAGUUCUUAUUCAUAAAAGGUAGUAGGAUAAAAGUGGGAGAUACCUCCGCCUAUAUGAAGUUUUCUCCGCCUAUAUUUUGUUUUCUUUCUAUAUAACUCAGUUCAUUUAUGUGCAUAUAUAGAUACACAAGAGAAAUAUAUAGAGAUGUAAAAUCGUUGUUGUAGGGCAUUGUGACAGGUCCUAUACUGUUUUAUAGCGGUUUUUAGACCCUGUGCCCCCUUAUUUCUACCCUCUAUGUGUUUAAGAUAUAUCAUGCCACGUCAAUUAAAAUGGCAUGUCAGUUAGAGUAUAAUGCCACGUACAUUAGAAUGAAAAAAUGCUUGGAAACACUGUUGGUUUUGAGAGUCCACCCCACUUGUCAGCUCCACGUUGUGGUGCAUGAUCUCUAUUAGUGUGGUGUCUAUAUCACUGCUGUCUUAUAACAUUGUUCAUUGAAAUGCCGCUGAUAUAAUAUUUAUUAGAGAGACACGAAACUGAAAUCAAAUCCCAUUAUUUUCAACUUUACAAUCUCAAUUGUCAGCCUCUGAUAUUCGGGUUGAGACAACUUGCUGCUUCUAUUAAUGAGAAAA